AUGACUUCCCGCAGAAAAACAGUGAGUCGUAGAGCAGCACAGGUUUGCUCCAGUUGUAGGGCGCAUUCGCCCUACGUUUCCGUCCGCCCUUUUCCCCUCCCAUCGCUUCCUCGUCGACGUCGUCGUGUCCCACAACGGCGGCACUUUUAUGUCCCCGAUCGCUUCCCCUCACCGUCGCCCACGCUUCCCCCCACCGUCGCCCACGCUUCCCCCCACCGUCCCCGAUCGCUUCCCCCACCGUCGCCCACGCUUCCCCCCACCGUCGCCCACGCUUCCCCCCACCGUCGCCCACGCUUCCCCCCACCGUCGCCCACGCUUCCGCCCACCGUCGCCCACGCUUCCUCCCACUGUCCCUCACACUUCACCCCACCGUCGCCCACGCUUCCCCCCACCGUCGCCCACGCUUCCCCCCACCGUCGCCCACGCUUCCCCCCACCGUCGCCCACUCUUCCCCCCACCGUCGCCCACUCUUCCCCCCACCGCCGCCCACGCUUCCCCCCACCGUCGCCCACUCUUCCCCCCACCGUCGCCCACGCUUCCGCCCACCGUUGCCUACCCUCCCCCUCACUGUCAUCCACGCUUCCCCUCACCGUCGCUCACGCUUCCCCAUCAUGUCGCUUACGCUCCCCCCCACCGUCGCUCAUGCUUUCCCCCACCUUCCCCCACUCUUCCUUUCUCAUCACCUACGCUUCCUCCCACCGUCGCCCUCGCUUCCUCCCACUCUCCCUUACACUCCCUCCUACAGUCACCCACGCUUCCCCCCACCGUCCCCCACGCUUCCCCCCACCGUCGCCCACGCUUCCCCCCACCGUCGCCCACGCUUCCCCCCACCGUCGCCCACGCUUCCCCCCACCGUCGCCCACGCUUCCGCCCACCGUCGCCCACGCUUCCUCCCACUGUCCCUCACACUUCACCCCGCCGUUGCCCACGGUUCCCCUCACCGUUGCCCACGCUUCCGCCCACCGUCGCCCACGCUUCCCCCACCGUCGCCCACGCUUCCUCCCACUGUCGCUCACACUUCACCCCGCCGUUGCCCACGCUUCCCCCCACCGUCGCCCACGCUUCCCCGCACCGUCGCCCACGCUUCCCCCCACCGUCGCCCACGCUUCCGCCCACCGUCGCUUACGCUCCCCCCCACCGUCGCUCACGCUUUCCCCCACCUUCCCCCACUCUUCCUUUCUCAUCGCCUACGCUUCCUCCCACCGUCGCCCUCGCUUCCUCCCACUCUCCCUUACACUCCCUCCCACAGUCACCCACGCUUCCCCCCACCCUUGCACCCUUCUUUCCUUCUCUCUGACUCUCCCUUCCCCACUGCCUGGCACAGCAAGCUUGAACCAGCCUCCUCCUCUCUCUUUCACCAACCCCGCUCGCAUGGCAGGUGCUGCUGCAGCAUUGGAGGAGAAUGCUGGGCGCACAGCCGGGGCAGCGCGUGCAGGCGGGAAGGGAGUGGGGGUGGCGGGGGCAGGAAGCCGUCCCGACUUCCUCUCUCGUCCGCUAAUUCGCCUUCUCCUGUCCGCCCUUCCACUCUCCAUUCCUCCCUCCUCUCUUUCUCUCUCUUUCCCUCCACUUCUCCCGUCCGCCCCUCCUCCCAGUCUCCCUCCUCCCUACCACUCUCUCACCCACUCUUUCUUUCGAUUUUUGAGUCGACUCAAAAAUCGACUUUCUCUCUCUUUCCCUCCACUUCUCCCGUCCGCCCCUCCUCCCAGUCUCCCUCCUCCCUACCACUCUCUCACCCACUCUUUCUUUCAUCCUCGUGCCUCUCUUCCACCAUGCCGACCUUCUUUUCAAACUGCCACCUUCCGAGCUUCCUAUAGUCCGCCUUUCCGUCUCACCCACUUGUCCUAUCCCUACUUGAAUUCCUCACAUCCUCUCAUCCCCCCUUCUCCCCUUCCACCCUUCCACCCUCCAGCCCUUGCGCUCAUCCUCCCUUCCUCUCAUCCUCCCUUCAUCUCAUCCUCCCGUUCUCUCAUCCUCCCAUCCUCCCUUUCUUCCUUCCCCCCUCCCUUUCUCUCUUCCGCCCUUCCUCCUUGUCUCCCUUGCUCAUUUUCUCCCUCGGCGCAUGCUUAUUUUCCCUGCAUCCCUCGCUGCCAUCCUCCCUUCCUCUCAGCCUCCACACUUCCUCUCGUCAACCAUUCCUCCGCACCCUUCUACCCUGCCACGCCUGUACACUCCUACCUUGUUUGUUUAUUCUAG